CUAACUUCAGUACAGUGAGUAGGGAUAGCAUCAUCCCAAGAAGAAGAAGAAGAAGAUGGCACUCCGGCACCAGUGCUGCUUUCCUUCUUCCUCCCCCCUCUUCUGCACUCCCAACUCAAAUCCCCACUCUUCUCCCAAUAAGCCUCCCCGCUUUGCCUGCUGCCCCAAAACCCCAAAACGCUUCUCUCUCUCCGCCACACCUCCUUCCGCUUCUUCUUCUACCCCCAUUUUCCUCCCUCUUCUCCAAAAACAAGAAGAACGAGAACAAGAAGAAUAUCGCAAAGCUAAACAGACGCAGCAAAAGCAAGAAGAAGACUCAGACGACCCAAUUCUCAGAUUCUUCAAAACUCAGUCAUCAACCGAUUCAACCCCAGACCCCCAACCCGAAGGCAAAGUCUCCCUCCAAAAGAACCGCCGCUCUUCCUGGCACCUAUCCUUUAAUCCCGCAGAAGAAACCGAAAACGGGUUCAAAGAAGAAGAAGAAGAAGAAAUGGCUUCUUUUUGUUCGAGUUCAAACAUAUCAAUUGAGGGCAUUCCGGGGGAAAUUCUGCAAAUUGCGAGGAACUUACCGGAGAAUUCGACGUUGGGGGAGGUUUUGAGGUCUUACGAAGGGAGAAUUGGGGAAGGAGAGUGUGCGAACACGUUGGAGUUGAUGGGUCGGGAGGGUCUGGUGAUGGGUUGUUUGCAAUUUUUUGAGUGGAUGAGAUUGCAGGAGCCGCCGCUUGUUACGCCUCGGGCGUGCUCGGUUUUGUUUCCGGUGUUGGGGAGAGCGCGAAUGGGGGAGGAGUUGAUGGUUUUGUUCAGGAAUUUGGGGGAGCAGUUCAGGAAUGUUCAUUUUUACAAUGCUGCAAUUUCGGGCCUUUUCUGCAGUGGAAGGUAUGAAGAUGCUCUGAAAGUAUAUGAGGAAAUGGAAACUAAAAAUAUCCAAGCAGAUCAUGUCACAUGUUCUAUUGUGAUAACGGUCAUGAGGAAAAAUGGCCAGAGUGCCAAAGAUGUGUGGGAAUUCUUUGAAAGAAUGAAUAGGAAAGGAGUCGGAUGGAGUUUGGAAGUUCUGGGUUCUCUAUUGAAAUCAUUCUGUAAUGAGGGGCUGAAAAAGGAGGCUCUUAUUAUCCAGACAGAAAUGGAGAAGAAAGGUAUAUUACCGAAUGCAAUUGUAUAUAACACUUUGAUGGACGCGUAUGGUAAGUCCAAUCGAGUUGAAGAAGCCGAGGGCCUCUUUGUUGAGAUGAAGGCAAAAGGGAUCACGCCCACCACAGCAUCCUUUAACAUCCUGAUGGAUGCAUACAGCAGAAGAAUGCAGCCAGAGAUCAUUGAGAAACUGCUACUAGAAAUGGAGGGUAUGGGUUUGGAGCCUAAUGUAAAAUCAUAUACAUGCCUGAUUAGUGCUUAUGGGAGGCAGAGGAAGAUGAGUGAAAAGGCUGCAGAUGCGUUCUUAAGGAUGAAGAAAGUUGGUAUAAAACCAACUUCACAUUCAUAUACAGCUCUUAUCCAUGCAUAUUCGGUCAGUGGCUGGCAUGAGAAAGCUUAUUCAGCAUUUGAAAACAUGCAAAGAGAAGGAAUAAAGCCUUCUAUAGAAACCUAUACCGCUCUACUUGAUGCAUCUAGGCGUGCUGGUGAUACCGAAAUGCUGAUGAAAAUUUGGAAAUUAAUGAUCAGUGAAAAGAUUGAGGGGACAAAAGUGACCUUCAACAUUCUUCUUGAUGGAUUUGCUAAACAAGGUCGCUAUAUUGAAGCAAGAGAUGUAAUAUCUGAAUUCGGGAAGCUUGGCUUGCAGCCAACCUUGAUGACAUAUAAUAUGCUGAUAAAUGCAUAUGCACGAGGUGGGCAACAUUCAAGGGUACCACAACUGUUGAGGGAGAUGGCUACUCUCAAUCUAAAACCUGAUUCUGUUACUUUUUCCACCAUAAUUUAUGCCUUUCUUCGUGUUCGUGAUUUUAAGAUGGCAUUUAUUUAUCAUAAAAAGAUGUUGAAAAGUGGUCAAGUACCAGAUGCCCAAUCUUAUGAGAAACUUAGGGCAAUUUUGGAUGUAAAAGCUGCAAUAAAGAACCGGAAAGAUAAGCGUGCCAUGCUUGGCAUAAUAAAGAGCAGCAGGGGUUUCUCGAAACAGAAGAAGAAAGGGACAAAAGAUGAAUUUUGGAAGAACAAGAAGCGGCGAUUGAGAACUAAUAACUUCACUCAUGUCAAUCAUUGAUGAUGGUACUAUUAGAAAUUUUGAAUCCUAAUGUUACAUCAAGGAAAGUUAUGUAAGAUUGAUGGGUGGGUUCAGUUGGCUCACCUGCACAAAUAGUCUAUCUUCAGUUUGAGAUAUAAUGGUUUAUCCUUGAAAUGUUGUGGAUUUUGUACGGGAUGGCUGCCAUAUUAAGGCCCCAUAUUAGCUUUGAAAGGAGGAGGAAUGGAGCCAUACAGAAGUUGUAUCUUGAAAAACCUUCAGAAAACAUUUGUCAUGCUUUGAUUAGCAAUGUAAUGGUUGCAGUGACCUCAUGAUACUGCCAGGUGAUGAUCCCACUUCAUACUAAGAUUUAUGUGGAAAAUUCUUUUGCUCCUUCGCUUCCUUGCAUAGAACGCACUGCUGUCUUUUAUAUUUAAUUCUGAUUUAGCCUUUUUUUUUCCUUAAAAUUGUAAUUCUAAAUUUACCUGCCACCUCAUAAAUAUGAAAAGCCAAUCCUUGCCAGUGGUUAAUGCAAAACUGCAUUCUCACUAGUCUAGCUGGAAAAGAUAUAGCCAUGAGAUAUUUAAUUUAAUUUUUCAUUUUUUGGCCUUUUUUGAUCUGUCAUUUCAUAAAUAGCAUUAGUAUAAAUGUUUUGAAAUCCCUAUCUCCCUCUCCUUUUCCUUCUUUUUUUAAUUAAAUGCAUUCAUUCUGUUUGGCAGGAUUUCUUUGCAAGAGUAAGCCAAGCAUAUAGCUAAGUUUGGGAAGCUGGUUCACUCAUAGAAAACUGUGCUUGAGCUUCUUUUCAAUUUGAAAAAGGUCAGUCAGGAACUUGAUGGUUAAAAAGUAGUCCCCCCUAUUGCAUAGAUGGCCUUUGUGAACUGCUUUCCAUUACAAUUUGGAAGACAGUUGCCUGUUUUUGGAGGGUUAACUUGGAUGCAUCCUUUGGAGGUACAAUGAAUGGACUGAUGGCAACACGUUGAUUGUUUUCUGUUCAGGCUUCAUGGCUUGGCUGAUUGUGGGACAAUAAAUAUUAUUGUCUGUAUCCUUGCCAUUCAGAGUGGUUUGAUAUGUUUCUUCAAUUUUUUUUUAUUGCUCUAAUAUUAUCAAAUUGUAUAUUUGUAAAAGGAAAAUCAUAUGUUGAUUGUGGAGAAGUAUGUUUACGUAAAAGAGAAAAUGUUCGUACAUACCCUGUUUUCAUUGAGCAAUGUGUUUGUGUAUUUUCCCUCCCUCAAACAUCUCUGAGACACCGUACAGCUCUUUCCCUCACUCAAAUGUGAUGCUUUCCCUCUCAAAAGAAGCCCUCAUGCAGUUGAUGUUCUCCAUCAAUGUUCCUGAUGUCAGUGUUGCGACACAUUGAUUGAAGUGGUGAGAGGGGGGCAUGUUCAUGCCCCGUUCUGGCUUCAUGCAUUCUAUUUUAUCACUCCUGCUUGUUAUCAGUUGAUUCUCUGUCUCAUUCUUUCCACAUCUCUCUCUCUCUCUCAUCUUCCACUGAACUGUUCUGUUGGGUUCACAGGUGCUUGCCGACAGAGCUGAUAGUGGUUGACCCUUGUCAUCCAAGCGGUGGUUCUGAGGUUUUUCCUUCAUUAUCUGUUUUUAUUUUUUCGAAUUUUAAAUUUUUUGCUGGAUUCUCAUCGUUGUCUCCCCGUCCUCGUUUCCCUUCCUAUUAUGGACAAAAAAUAUCAGUCUAGGUGUACCAGAUCAAGCAACUGACUGAGCUAGCGGCUGGAAAGCAACUGCCAGUAGUCUCUCUCUCUCUCUCUCUGGACUUUCUACGGCAGUUUUUAAUGUUUAUUUUAGGGCUUUUCUAGGGAUAUACUGAUCCAGCAUUUCAGAGGUUUACUAGCCCAGCACAUCAGGGAUUUACUUGUAUGUGUCUUUAUUCAUGAGCAGACUCAUUUUGCCAUUAUUAAUUUAGUUAAUUUCAUCCAUCUGUUGAAAGACAACUCAUCUAAGGACGCCCGUUUGAAAUCCAAAAUCUGAAACACUU